AUGGUCAGGCGCUCGCUGGUCGAUGACGUUACCGCGCUGCGCGGACUGCUGAGCCUGCUGCCUGGCCGUGACAGCGCGGCCGAGCGCGAGGCUGCGUCGCUGUCUCUGGUGGUGAACUUCCGGUUCGCGGCGCCUCAGUCCGUGGCCCAAGCGCUCGCGUCGAUGGCCGCAAUCGAGAGCUACUCGCAGUCGCUGCAGCGCUACCCGCUGGUGAAGCAGGCCUUCUGGGAGCAGGUGCUGGCCUCGGACCUCAUGGUCGGAGGCGGCAAGCCACACAAGCAGCAGCUGCAGCUUCGACACGAGCAGUUCCCGCGGCUGGUGCUGGACUUCUCGCGCUGCCAGAUCACGGCGAAGCUGCUGGAGACGCUGGCGCGGUUCUUCGCGAGCUCAGAGACGCAGCAAUUGCAGCCGACGCUGCAGUCGCAAUUCUCAGGGGUGGAGAUGGAGGACAGGAAGGCAGGCGCCACCAUUCGGGCGGUUCCGGUGGCUUUGCGGUUCGUCAGG